AUGUUUGUUUGCUUCAUUUGUAAAGAAAAAUGGUGUAAGCUCUGCGUUACAGCACUUGUCGACUUUCCCCAGCUGCCAAAACUCACAGAUCCUAGAGCUUCCUCUGCUUGCAUGAUUCAGUUAUGUAUUUGUUUAGAAGAAUUAGAGAGAGGUUUAAGGAUUACCUGUGACUAUGCGUAUGCCAAUGAAGAUCUCUGUUGA